AGCAGAUGAGCAGGGAGUUCAGAAUGUAAGACUGUAAUGAUCCUGUUGAGAAGUCAGCAUCGCAGUCUUCAGUCGCACUUGUGCUGUCUUUCUUAUUUAGACGAAAGCAUGACGGGAGUUUUGCCACCCUCCAAACAGAGAUCCGGUAUGAAGCGACCUCGUAAUGAGCCUUACAGGGUUUUCGACUAUCAACAUGUUCCGACCAUCCCAUGUGACUUUGCAUCUUUUCGACGGAUGUGUUCAUCGCCCUCUUCAUCUUCCGAAGCCCUGCGGCAAAGCAGAGAAAAACCUCAGAGCAGACACAAGUCCAAGAGCAGAGGGAUCCAGCUGAAAAUGGAGGAGCUGGUGUGCAUUAAGAAAGAACUGACAGUGAUUAAAUCACAGAUAGACGAGCUGCUAGACAGUCUAGAGCGGAUGGACCCUCAAAGCCAAGAGCUGUCCGGAGAUGGUGUGACGUUCUCUCCGCUCCAUGGCUCUGUGAGCAGUGUGGAUGAUUUGUCUGGUAGCCCUCCUCCCCUGAGGACAGAAAGAGACACACAGAGCCCACAGACUGCAGACUGCAGGGAUGAAGACAGACAGCAUGUUAAUUACUAUGAAUCAGAUUUGCUCUACAUGUAAAGACAGGUUUCGGAUUACAAAUUCAGAUACUAUGCUUUGGGUAAAAGUCAAAGGAUCUCUAAUGAUGACGUAACAAACAACAAUCAGGAAAUGUGUUUGGAUCAGUUCCAAAUAUCCAGAUCUGUAGAAAUUGUCAUCAUGUAAAGUGAACAUAAAUCCAGUUUCAAUCCAGUUGUGGAGCAGCUGUUCAGACCUGAAAAAAACUGAACUAUGUGUCGUCAAAGGCUCCUGCUGAUUUUAGGAAUUAUAUGAUCACAAGCUGUUUUUUACAUGAUUUCAGUCAGUAAAAAACUGAUAGGAAUCGAGAGUAGGAUAAAAUUAAAGAAUAGCGUCCACACACACACACACACACACACACACACACUUGUUAUUGCAAAUAUCCUACAUAAAUUAUUUAAUGGUUCUACACAAGAGCUCAACUGAUAUGGGUUAUUAAAUGAUAUCAUUAAAUAAUAUAGAUAUCUAUAAAUAAAUAAUAUCUACAUAUAGAUAUAUAUAUCAAUCAGCCCUGGUAUAUUGACAAAAUAGUACAAUUAUGUAUAUUUAUGAGAUUUAUAAUACAUAAAUGCUUUUUUUUACGCUAAUGUCAUUCAAAUUCACAAAAUCUUUAAUAACUGUUACAUAAUUCAUAAUUUUGGAAUUGGCACAAUGACUACCAUCUACCUCUGUUGUUAACUAGAUAUGGUGUUUGGUUAGUGCAAGUGAUAUGUAAAUAUUUCCCAAUUUAUUGCUCUGGCCAGUAUAGUUUUAUGACCAGAUUUACUGUAUGAUAGGAAUAUGUGAAUAUGUAGUCAAGGUCAUACACUUACUUUUUUAAUUUCUCUUAAAUUAAGUAAUAAAACAUUGAUUGCCUGCUGAAUGUUUUUUUUUUGGUAAUAUACUUUUUUUUUUAAUAUAUUUCUGUGAUUU